AAAUGUUCUAUUGCACAGUGAAAGAUUAGGAGAUGGUAUUUAAAUAAGGAGAUAAGGGAAGUUCAUAUUUUUUGAUUGAAAGAGGUUAAUGCUAAAUAAUAAUAAAUAAUGAUGUAAAGAAAACCUUAAAAUCUGGAGAAGCAUUUGGUGAAUUAGCAUUAUUGUACAACGCUCCAAGAUCUGCAUCGGUAAAAGCUAUAGGAGGUACUGAAUUUAGUAAUUUUUAGAUUGUGCCUUUUGGGCCAUAGAUAGAAACACAGUGAGAAAGGUGAUAGAAGAAAUCUCUUUGAAGGAUUACGAAUAAAAUAAGGAAUUUAUACAGAAAGUCCAAUUUUUCGGUAAUAACUUUAAAUAUUACAAUAGAGUCACUUACUGAUGAUUAAAGAACUGCAAUUACAUCUGUUCUGAUAACACUUAAUUUUAAGGCUGGUGAGAUAAUUGUGAAUGAAGGAGAUCAAGCAGAUUCCUUUUUUAUUAUAAAGAAAGGAGAGAUUGAGAUUUCUAAAGGAGGCAAAUAAUUGAGAAUCAUGUAAUAGGGUGAUUCUCUGGGGGAAUAAGCCUUGUAAAGUAAUUCUGUUAGAGGGGCAACAGCCAAAGCUCAUAAGGAUGUCAUUCUGUUGGCAUUGUCAAGAGAUGAUUUGACAAGAAUUUUGGGAGAUAAAAUAUAGACUAUCAUGUUCUUGAAUUUAUAAAGGUGGGCAUUUGAACGUCAUCCAAUAUUGAAAUAACUAACUAAACUAUAAGUAGAAAGGAUAGUAAGCACUAUGGAAUAAAAACAAUAUAAGGAAGGAGAAGUGAUUAUAGAGAAAGGUUAAUAGUGUACUCAUUUGAUCGUUGUUUUAAUGGCCAGUGUAUAAUAUGGAUAACAAUCUAUAGAGAAAGGGUAAAUGUUUGGUGAUAAGUUUUUGGAAUAACAAAACUAAAUAUUAAAUGAUUCUUUGAUAAUGAAAUCAGAUGGAUUGAUAAGUCAAAUAUAAAUUAAAGUGUUUUUUGAAAUUAUUGGUGGUACUUUAGAGUAAAUCUUUUUAAAAAAUGAGAAAGCACAUGACAGAUUUAUCAAAAAGGAAGAAGGAUAAAAAAAGGAUCAGUAUGAUCACUUUAAAUUAGAAGAAUUAAUCUCAAUAAAGAAACUAGGCCAAGGAUAAUUUGGUAAUGUCUAUCUAGUUCAUAAUAAAUCCGAUAAGAAAAAUUAUGCACUCAAAUGCAUAUCUAAGGCUCAGAUAAUAGAGUAAAAUUUGGAAAAGCAUUUGGCCUAGGAGAAAUCAACGUUGUAGACAGCCAACUUUCCACUCAUUAUGCAUUUCGUUAAGAGCUUUUAGGACAAAAACUACAUCUACUUUUUAGAAGAAUAUAUUAAAGGAAUGGAGCUGUUUGAUGUAAUCAGAGAAAUAGGACUUUUAAAUACUUAUGAUUCUCAAUUUUACAUAGGAUCUUUGAUUUUAUGUAUGGAAUAUCUUCAUCUCAAUAACAUUAUUUAUAGAGAUAUUAAACCAGAAAAUAUUAUGGUUGAUGAUAAAGUAAAUAAUGCAUAUAUUUUAAGGGGUUUAUGAAGUUGAUUGAUUUAGGAACUGCUAAGAAUCUUAAAAAUAAGAAUGGUAGAACAUAUACUAUUAUUGGAACUCCUCAUUAUAUGGCUCCAGAAAUAUUGUCUGGAAAAGGAUACACAUAUUCGGUUGAUUUAUGGUCUAUAGGGAUAUGCUUGUAUGAAUUUAUGUGCGGUAAUGUACCCUAUGCAGAAGAUGCAGAAGAUCCGUAAAGCUUGAUUUAAACUAUUUAGAUAUGAUAUUUAUGAGGAAAUCCAAAAAAAAGCCUUGAACUUCCCUUCUGUCCUAAAAGAUCGUAAGGCUAAGAAGUUAAUCGAAUAACUCUUAAGCAAAACUCCUGAAUUAAGAUUAGGAUCAUCAUACGCAAGCUUAAAAAACAAUUAAUUUUUUGAACACUUUGAUUAUGAUUCAUUAAUGAACAGAGAUUUAAAGCCACCAUAUCUCCCGCCUAAAAGCAAACUAUAGAGUGACAAAGAAAUCUAAAAAGCCAUCUAGGCUGGCAAACUCAUUACUGAAGAAAUUAAAGUAUCAAUUAUCUAUAUAAUUAUAGAGUGAUCCUACAACAACCAAUAACAUUUAUAAACCAGAAAAAGCAAGAGAUCCUAAUUGGGAUAAAGAUUAUUGAACAAAAAUUUAUUUCUUAUGCUAUGAC